AUGAAUCAGCAACAACCGCAACCUCUCUACUCUGGGCCUCGACAGCCUGCGCCCAUUUCGAAUGGCGACCACAACUUCUCUCAGCCGAGACCUCACACGAGGCAGCAACCCGACCAGCAAGACACCAAUCAGUCUCGCGCCGCGCGAUUCGAAGACGAGAAGCGGCGCAUUAUCGACGCCUGCUUCAGCAAGCGUGAUCCCGAGGGCAUGCAACUCGAGUCAUAUAUCACCCACGUCCGAGUGCUUGAAGAUGCCUCCUACCCUUCCUCUCCUCCUCCUCCGGACUCCCCCAACUCCAACAAGAAACACCGAGUCAUCCUUGUCGCCGUCCGACGCUCCGGCAAGGUCAGGGUUCACAAGGCUCGCGAGAACCCAAACGGCUCCUUCUCCAUCGGCAAGACAUGGAAUCUCGACGAGUUGACCGCAAUCAUCUCCUACACCUCUCUCGUCCCCGCGAACCCCCAGCAGCAGAUGGAGAAACAGUGGGCGUCCAAUACCGGCUUCACCGUGUCUCUAGGCAAGCCCUAUUUUUGGUCCGCCCCCACACCAAAAGAGAAGGAUUUCUUCAUUGCCAGUCUGAUCAAGAUAUACCGAAAGUACACGGGAGGAAAGCUUCCAGAGCUUAUAGGAUUUGCCCCCCAGGAACUACAACAAAUCACUGGUGUCCAGUCCGCCCAGAAUACUCCCCCUUCGAGGACCACUUUCUCCCCGAUCAUCCCAUCCCCAACUCCUCCACCCCCCCUGGCUGCGAGCCAACCUGCUCCCGUACCACCACUCAGCGCCGCCCGGCCACAGUCUCCAUAUGUCGCUCAGCCGCCUCCGAGUCGAGAUGGUGGUCGGAUGGAGGUGCAAGAACAAAAUAGGUCAUUUGGCCGACCAGACUACCGUCCACCGACAAGAGAUGCCGUGCCGCUACCUUCUCAGGCAGAAGAACGACCUCUGGGCUUACCCCCUAGACCGAACCGCGGUACACCGGCACAGGACUUCUCUCGCACACAACCUUAUGGCCCUCCGCUAAGGCGUGAUGACGCCCGUACGCCGUCGCUGUCGGACGGCCUCCAACCAGCUCCGUUACGACCUUCCAUUAGUCCCAAAGCCUCUCAAUCCUCCCUACAGCGACCCGAUCCUACCCUCGAGCCGCCACCUCUAAGACCGAACGGAUUGAGCGUCGCAAAGGCUGGUCCGCAAGAUUUUUCGCCGAAAAGGAUGGGUCCCAUGCCGGGUCAGGACUUAAACAGGGAUAUUCCUCGUGGCGAACCAUUGAACAACUCAAGGCCGAGCACGGCAGCGAGCGAUCGCAGGGUCCCUGUGCCCGAACCUCCUCCCAGUCUUCCAGCACUUGACUUUGAGCUCUUCCCUGAGCGUAAGAAGCCAGCGGCAGCUGCGCCCGACCUCAAACCCGAACAACCAGCUCCCACGAGUCAGAGUAACAGCGCAUUUGUAACACCGGCGGGGACGCCGUCCACGAUGAAAGAGGAGCAGUCACAGAAGAAAACGGACUAUUUUGUGGGCGAGAAGGCCAUGACAGAGAACAAGCAGUCACAAGCAAACGACGUCGUGCCACCAAAGACUGUGUACACAGAAGUAACUACGUCAGAGCCCAAACCUGUCGAAACCCCAAACGAGCCCGUUGUUCCAGAGCCACUCGAGCCUCCAGCCCCUCCAAAAGCUGAAGAAGAGCAUCGCCCCGGCCUUGGUCCUAUGAUCAAGAAGAGGUCUGGUAAGGACAUCGCGAACCAAUUCCGAAAAGCUGCCCUUGCCGCAGGUGCAUUUCAACCACGUCAAGGCGGUGCAGGUGCACGAUUGAAGGCAAUGCAGGACAAACUCUCCAACGAGCCCGAUGGCAUAACCAGUGUUGUCCCGGCGCCUUUGAAGAGAGGCAUGAGCUCGGAUGGCCCAAGGAGCGGAACACCUGAUCCGAUCAACACUGAAAAUGAAAAGGAUCAGCCGACACCGAAGGUUGUGUCUAGUGAGCCUCUUCCUCGAGUUCAGGUCGAGCGUUCUGCUACCUCAGACAGCGUCGCCAGACCGCAAACGCCAGCAGAAAAGCCUCUCCCGGCCGAGCCUGAGGUUCCAAAGGAAGAACCGAGUGCGGAGUCCCCGGAUAAGGGCCGGUCCUCUUCGCCACAAAGGAAACGUCGCCAAAGACUGGAGGCGGAAGUUGAGAAGCACUGUACAGCUUUAGGCAUUGAUCCACGGGUCACUGAGGGCCGCGGAGCAGAUCUGAACGAAAUCUUGACAGAAUUUUCUUGGGAUGGGCGACUUGCCAAAGACCAUGCUUUGGACAACUUCGAGACCGACAUUCGAAGGGAAAUUGGCCGUGCUCAAGCGAGUGGCUGGCUCGGCCAUGUCGAACACCAGGAGACCAAAGUUCAGGAGCUCGGAAAAGCGUUCGAAAAGGCGAUUGCCGAAUGUGAAGAGCUUGACGGGUUAUUGACCUUGUAUGCCCAUGAGCUCGAUACUCUCCAUGAAGAUAUCGAGUAUAUCGAGGCACAAGGACAGGGGUUGCAAGUGCAGACUGCCAAUCAGAAGUUGCUGCAGGCUGAGUUGCAAAAUCUCCUGAGAACAUUGACAAUAUCACCCUCAGAUCUUCGCGCUCUAAGGCAAGCGCCGAUCGACAAUUUCGAAGGCGUCCACGCAGUCGAGCGUGCACUGAGUUUGCUCUACAGAGCGAUGCUGACAAUCGAUCCAGACCUGCGUCAAAACAAACUCCGUCAAGCAACCACAGUAAGCAACCGCACUGGACUUCCAACGAAUGCCGAAGCGGACCUCACCAAGAUGCGAGCGGUGCGUGAGAAGAAGGAGGAAUACAAGGAUGAGAGCAUGAUGUUUGUCAACCGCUUCAACCAGCACAUGAAGGCCAUGUUCCAACUGGCUGAGCAGCGAACAAGUGAGGAAAAUGCCAGCAUCAGCAUUUCUUCCGGGACAUCCUCCUUCACGCUCAACCUACGGGCUCUCAACGCUUCGCGACAAGAGCUUUGGGUCUACAAUGCUAUGAUGCUCUUUGUGCGGGAAGUCAACCAGUAUGAAUGGCAGACUUUAAUUGGCAGCUACGAAAUCAAUGUCAAGAGCAUCUACCAAGACCAGUUCCGAGACUUCAGCAUGGGUCUGAGAAAGACUGUCAGGCACCCCAUGGGAGAAGAGCAGGAAAUCCUUUUCACCCAUCAAGAGAAAGAGAAGGCAGAGGAGUCCAAUCUUUCCACGGCAGCUCGCAAGCUCACGGUUAAACGUGGCAGAGCAGUCAAGGCAAGCGUUAUGAGACAUUCGGUUGGCGAAAGACGAGACGGCAAACCCGAUGCUUGGGCGGUAUUCGACACUGUCCUAGAGCAACAAGCCACAGCCAUUUCGGAAGAGCAGAAUUUCAUUGUACAUUUCUUCCAUCUGAACUCACAGUCGAACGAGGAUUUUAUGGAACUAGUGCAAUCUCGACCUCCUGAACAGCGCAAGCUGCCCAACUUGCAGGCCAAACAAGCUUACGAUCCAGAUCGUAAUUUGGCCAAGAUCGUACAGCGCACUACAGAAGGGAUUUACUCGUUCUGGCCUACAGACCUUCAGGGUUUGAUGGAAUGGGUGUUCAAGAUGGAUCAAUUGCAGGGCAUUGGCGUCCUGGUCUCACUCGAACAGUGCUUGUCAAAGUAUGAGGAAACGAACCAAGAAUUCAUCACGCGGACAGUGAGAACCCUUCAUGAACGCUUGAUGGGUCUCUUCAAUAGAUUUGUGGAAGAACAAGUCAAGGCGAUUGAGGAAACCAAGGUGAAGGUCAAGAAGAGGAAAGGUCUGAUUUCUUUCAUGAGGAUCUUCCCCGACUUUAUUGCCGUCGUUGAGGACAUGAUUCCUCAGGAAUUUGCACAUCACGAGUCCCUUGAAGUGCGCUUCAUCGUCAACGACGCGUACACCAAACUUCUGAAAGCCAUGUGGGAGUCUCUCAACUUCAUCGCCAAAGACAAUCCGGCCGCAAACUCUUCUGGUGGGACAACGACUGGCCCUUCGAACGUACCACUGAGCGGGGACCCCGAAGACAAAGAGGCAUUGAACUAUCAUAUUCUCUUGAUCGAGAACAUGAACUUCUUUGUUGAGGAAGUGAAGACACACAACAAUGCGGUGCUCGAAGAAUGGGUGGAACGGGCGUCGCGCGAUCAACUAUCCCAUCUCGCACAGUACACAGAUGCUGUGAUCCGACGGCCACUGGGCAAAUGGCUUGACUUCUUGGAGAGCACCGAAGCGCUCAUGAAGGGCACCGACUCGUCCUUUACGUCGAUUGCGAACAAGCCAUCCCACUCACGCAGCGCAGCCAAGAAGAUUCUCGGCAGCUAUGACGCGAAAGAGGUCCGAAAGGGCGUGGAGACAUUGAAGAAGAGGAUCGAAAAGCACUUCACUGAUGCGGACGAUCCAUCGUCGACAACCCUCGAGAGGGCUGGAAAGAAGGAUCUGAUCGCGCGGGUGUUUGAAGAAUGUGCAGUACGAUACUCUCACGCCCACGACCGGAUGAAGACAAUCGUGGACAGAGUCUACGAGGGCAGUCUAGAGAUUGACUGGAGAAAAGAGGAUGUGCAGGCCAUGUUUAAGAGGUAG